AUGAACAGUAUGACGCAAUUCAAGUUGAGCUUUAUGUAAUUCAUACACAGAGUACCAAAUUACAUGUUUGUGUUUUUGUAUCAUUUAAUUGUAUAAUACAUAUUUGAAUAAAUGUAUUUAAUAUUUGUAACAGGAUGUCAGUUGAUGAGAGUUUUGCCACAAAAGCUAUUCACGCUGGCCAAGAUCCAUUACAGUGGAGUCAUUGGGAGGUAGUACCUCCUAUUGUAACAUCCACUACUUUUCGUCAAGAUGGACCUGGAGUAACUAGAGGUUAUGAUUAUGGAAGAAGUGGCAAUCCCACAAGAAAUGUUUUAGAAACUUGUUUAGCUUCCUUGGAAAAUGCAAAAUACGCGUUAACUUUUUCGUCUGGAUUAGGUGCUACAACAGUAAUAACAUCAUUAUUAAAUGCAGGAGAUCAUAUUAUAUCUGGAGAUGAUAUUUAUGGUGGAACUAAUCGUUUUUUUCAAAAAUGUUUAUGCAGACAAAGUAAUACAAUAACGUUUGUGGAUAUGUCGGAUAUCAGUAAUAUUAUAUCCAAUAUAAAAUCAAAUACAAAGAUGAUUUGGUUGGAGACACCAACUAAUCCUUUAUUGAAGGUAAUUGAUAUUCAAGCUGUUGCUCAAGCUGCAAAGCAAAAAAAUCCUGAAACUAUUAUAGUAGUGGACAAUACUUUCCUAACAAGUUAUUUCCAGAAGCCAUUAAAUUUAGGAGCAGAUAUUGUACACUAUUCUGUAACAAAAUAUGUAAAUGGACAUUCAGAUGUUAUUAUGGGUGCAAUAGUUACAAAUAGAAAUGAUCUUUGGGAAAGGCUUGCAUUUCUUCAAAAUGCUAUGGGAAUUGUUCCAUCGCCAAUAGAUUGUUUUUUAGUUAAUCGUAGUAUAAAAACUCUGGAAAUUAGAAUGCGACAGCAUAUGGAAAAUGGAUUAGCAGUUGCACAAUUUUUAGAAUCACAUCCUUGUGUAGAAAAAAAGCCAUUAAAUUUAGGAGCAGAUAUUGUACACUAUUCUGUAACAAAAUAUGUAAAUGGACAUUCAGAUGUUAUUAUGGGUGCAAUAGUUACAAAUAGAAAUGAUCUUUGGGAAAGGCUUGCAUUUCUUCAAAAUGCUAUGGGAAUUGUUCCAUCGCCAAUAGAUUGUUUUCUGGUUAAUCGUGGUAUAAAAACUCUGGAAAUUAGAAUGCGACAGCACAUGGAAAAUGGAUUAGCAGUUGCACGAUUUUUGGAAUCACAUCCUUGUGUAGAAAAAGUAUUUCAUCCAUACCUUCCCUCACAUCCACACCAUGAAAUUGCUCUUAAACAAGCAUCUGGUCAUAGUGGAAUGGUUACGUUUUAUCUAAAGGGCGAUUCCAACAAAUUUUUAAACGGCUUAAAAGUUUUUACAGUAGCAGAAUCACUUGGUGGUUAUGAAUCUCUUGCUGAAUUGCCAUCUGUGAUGACUCAUGCAUCAGUUCCUGAAGAAGAUAAAAAGAAAUUAGGUAUUAAUGAUCAAUUAAUUCGUUUAUCUGUUGGUCUUGAAUCAAAGCAAGAUCUUUUAGCUGAUCUCGAUCAAGCUCUUAAAGCUGAGUUGUAUCGUAAUUUAGCUUUGUUUAGUUUAUCAUACUCUUGUGCUCGAUUAUACAACAAUACUCCUAUUAUUACCAAAGAUGUUCCCAUAGCUGAUAAACCAGUUACUGGGUUAUUAAAUAGUAAAACAGAGAGCCAGAUUAAAGAUGCUCUCUUUGCUGUAUUAACAACACUGUAA